UCUCUCUCUCUCUCUCUUUUUUCCAUGUUUACAAAUUAAUUGAAAUUGGUGUCAAUAGAAAAUUUAAGUUUUUAAUUGAAUAGUACAUCCUAAAACAAUGGCAGAAAUUUCAAUCUCACCGAAAGCUUACAUUAAAAUGAUAUUUCAUGCAGCUAAAUAUCCACACUUAGCUGUAAAUGGAUUACUACUGGGAGUGAAAGGGAAUGAAAAAUCAAAAGUUGAAGUAGUUGAUGCUAUUCCUCUGUUUCAUCAAUGUCUUUACGUUUCUCCUAUGAGCGAGGUAGCUUUGGUACAAGUUGAGUCUCGAGCAAGUAGCGAGGGCCUUCAAAUCAUAGGAUACUAUGCUGCUGCAGAGAAUUUCUAUGACAAUACAAUUGAAAAAGCACCAGGACUGAAAAUCGCUGAGAAAAUUGUAGACACAAAUGGGUCGGCUUAUGUUAUUAUGAUGGAUAACAAAUCAAUAUGCAUGGACAUGAAGCAUCCAGGGAUAAAAUCAUGGCAGUCAAAUGAUGGAAAAUGGACGAAAGUUAAACAUAAUUUAAUUGAUUCGCGUCAUACACUCGACGCUGUUUCACUUUUACUUCAACGAGGAGCGAUGAAGGAAAUUUAUGAUUUUGACAAUUAUCUUGAUAAUGUAGAUGAUUGGACGAACCAACAUUUAAAUGUUGAUCUGAAACAAAUUCUAUCAAUGCAUUAAUCAAUUAAUACUCCUGUGUGUACGUAUAAUUAUUUCCAGAAAACGUAUCAAACCUUGGGACAGAUUUAUUCAAAGUUUUGGAAAGGGUUUGAGUCUAUCAUUAAUAUUGGUUUUAUUAUUAAUUAUUAUAAAAUAUUUCUUAUAAUAAUAAAAGACCGGUACAUCUUGGUUGUUGUACAAGCUUAGAAAUAAAGAGUUUGUUUGUGUUACUCCCUACUUAUUGAACAUGAAC